AUGAUAUACUACUCUGGUAGAUCAUCGAAAUUACCAAUUGAUCCAUUUAGAGUGGAAUUUCUUGACCUUAAUAAUAAUCAUUAUUAUCAUAAGGAAUCAUUAUCACCAAUAAUCUAUAUUGGUUUUUGUUCAAUUACAGGACAUGAUUCUGAACGUAUUCUUCAAGUCGUACUUGAAGCACUUGAGAAAACAGGUUAUCGUGCAGUAUUAUCUAGUCUUGCGAAAGAUGAUGAUAAAUUACCGAAAAAUGCCUUGAAAAUUGGUAAUGUUUCACAUGAUUGGCUUUUUCCACAUGUGUCAGCUGUAUGUCAUCAUAGUGGAGCAGGUACAACUGCUGCUGGCCUCCGUGCAGGUAAACCAACUAUUAUUGUACCGUUUUUUGGUGAUCAAUUCUUUUGGGGUAAUGUUAUUGAAAAGAAUGGUGUCGGUCCACGUGCAUUACCAGGACAAAAUCUAACUACUGAUAAUUUAGUUGAAUCUUUUAAAUAUGUUCAUGAACCACAAGUUCGAGCCGCUGCUGAACGUAUACGUGAUGCAAUAUUAAAAGAAAAUGGAUGUGAUGAAGCACUACGUGCAUUUCAAACUCAUUUACCUUUAUUACGAAUGCAAAGUUAUCUUGAAUCAACUUAUACUGCAUGUUAUCAAUUAGAAGAAUNGCUAAGUCACCUAUUGCAAAGAUACUUAAACGGAAAUUGCUUCUGUGUUUUUACUUUUUGA